AUGCUCUCCUCCUCCUCCAUUCCAUUCCUUUUAUUAUUGCAUCUUGCUGUUCUCAUUAAGACCGCUUCAGCUGUCGAAGGUGGAGAAGGUACCUAUCCACUCGCACACAUUACGGGUCCUCAGAUUAUUGAAAACUCGACACACAUUCCUACCGGCUAUUACACAUUUCGACAUGUGGAGACAGGCCAAUAUCUACAGUUUAUCGAUUCAGGGAACCAGAUAGUGCCGGCACGUGCAGAUAGCGCCAAUGCAACAGCCUUUAAUGGCACCAUGUGGACCGUCAAAUGGCAUGGUGACAAGAAUUACAGCAUCCAUCAUUUGAAUGCAGUCAAAUAUGACAAAUGUAUAUCCACCCGUUGGGAUCAUCUUCGAGGAUUAGACGAUGCUGCCGUGAUGUGGCAAUGCGAGGUGGAUAACAUCACGCGCAACGACCUUGAUUUUGACAUAUACCCUGGUUUCCAUGGCGUGUACAAUGCAUCCGAUCCACAUCCUUUGGAAAAACGCCUUGAACGACGCUAUGAGAAUACGUACGAAGCCAUUCGUCAAGAUAAACAACAAUGGUUAUUUAUGCGCUACGAUCCAAGCGAGACGCCAAAGUGGACGAAUGUACGUUUUGAUCCUGAUACGGCCGAGAAUCACGUGGAGGGUGACAUUGUCAAGCCCAAUCGCAAAAAGAAUCAAAACUCGGGCUCAAAUCAGUUUUACAUUGUAUCGGCAGCGCAUUUAUGGAAUAUGAAGCCACGGUGUAUCUAUCCACAGGCCAGCUACGUGUUUACAUUCACUCCCAAUAAUACCGGUGUCACCGCGCUUGAUCACUGUGUAUGGGGCAAUACAUCACAGCUAUGGGAAGCGACUCUAUGGAAACCCGCAAACUUUCCAAUGGGCUUUGAACCUGAUCCACGAUACAUUGACAAUGGCACAGACGCUUUCUUGCUAUGGAAUGCUCAUACAUCACCUGGUACUACGAUUCUUUGGUGGGCAUGUCUCGCGUCACUCGCCCUUUUCGCAUGGAUUUGGCGUACUUGA